AUGGCUCUCUCCCCCCUCCAGCGCAAAAUCACCCGCCACGCCCUCGCGGCAGUCGCCGUCCUCUGCCUCGUCUUCGCCUCGGCCUCCCUCCUCCUCACCCUCGAGGCCGGCACCCUCCAGCUCGACGGCGACUACCCAACCGGCCCCGCGCGCCUCAUCCUCUCCCGCCUCGCCCUCGUCCGCUUCAAGGGCAUCAUCGCCGGCGGCAACGGUGACGACGACCCCUCCGCCAGCUACCAGGUCACCCUCCUCUGGUUCCUCAACGCCUUCGGCUGGGAGUGGCCCUCGGCGUCGUGGGACCUCUCCUGCGGCAUCGUCCACAACAUCAACGGCCUCCUCCCCGGCGCCGCCCUCACCCUCCCCGAGGACCUGGGCCAGACAGCAGCGAGGAUGCAGCUGCCCCAGAGCGACUGGCAGUGCCUCAGCAACCGCGCAAAGGGCAACGGCAUCUGCCACAACCCCUUCCUCGCCGCCUGGGACGCCGAGAACCUGCCCCCCGUCUCAUUCUCCACCGCGCCCGCCCUCUGGCUCUUCUACUUCACGGGCGUCGUCCUCCUCGCCAUCCUCCUCCAGGAGAUCGGCAUCCGCUGGCUCCCCGCCAUGACCAGGUGCUACUGCCCCAGUUUCAUGAGCAGGAACGGCCUGUGCCCGUGCCUCAAGAGCUACGAGAAGUUGACCCCGGACGUCCGCACCCGUAUGCGCACGUGGUAUCUGGUCCUCUUGGCCAUCAGCUACACCGCAGCCUCGACUCUCCUGACGCUUAAAGGUCUAGCGCUUGUUCAGUUCCUCAAGGGGCUGGACUCCAAGAUCGGAGGGAUGGAUCCUCAGCUGGGGACGACGUAUGUCAAGCUGAGCGCCUUCACAUUAAUUGCCAUUCUACUGUCGGUGCUGUGCCUGAGAGUGAGGCAGUACUUGGAGCAGAACAAGUCGUGGAUGGAACAGCAGGGUGUUGAUGCCACUACUCUAACCGAGCCUGGGGCCAAACCAACUGAUGAAGAAGCAACGCAAGACUUGCUGAUUUAA